AUGAAGGAUUAUUGCCUGUCGCAAUUUGCAUAGAUUUAAAAUUCAAAGUUUUAAUAAAUAGAAGAAUAUUAUAAAUUAUUAUUUUUAAUUUUUUACUAUAAUUAAAGGAAUUCUUCACAAUAGUUUGAAAAUGAGUUAGAAUUUUAUGCAUUUUUAUUAAUUAUCUUGUUUAUAAGAUUACAAUUUGAAGUGUAUUUAGAUAAGAUUUUUAGAAUUUCUCUUAUUACUCUAUGAUAUUUGUCAUUAACAGUUAGAAUAGUAGUUCUUCUUAAAUAAUAUAUAUUGGAUCUCCAUAUACUAGGUAGUAUUUUGUAUAGAUGAUGCAUAAGUAAAGAGAUAUUUUAAUUUUUAAAGGAUCAAAAAAUUAAGAUCUUAGUAUCUUGGAUAUAAGUUCUGGAAUAUUAAAUGAUUCUUAAUUUGUUGAAACUAUGAAACUUGUUAGUGAAUGA